CUCUUUUUCCUCAGAAUGUCUACUUUUUUUAUUUACCCUCUUGAUGGAACGCAUGGGAAAGAAGAGACAUCACUUGGAUCAAACGGACUUUCUAGAAUAUUGGAAAUUCCUCUUAGUUUAUUAGACGCUGACACGAACGAACUGUUUAAUAAUAAAAAUGCCACCGAUCAAUUGUUCUGGCUAUCGACAAAUAAUACAGCACCCACUCCAACUUUACCGAGUUGCGAAACUAAUGCAUCCGCAACAACAGUGGAUGUAACCCAUAGUUUUGCUAAUCGAAAACGGUCUAUUGUGAAACGGCGAAAGUCUGUAUUAUCUGCCUCAUUUACAGCACAGGAUGAAGCAGAGGCAAUUAAAAGUGAUAGAGAAGCAACAUUAGCUGCAUUGGAAAGAGGUACACCAAUGCAACACUGUAACGAAGAAGAUUCCAUAAAAGACAAUAUUAUGAUUGAAGACACAGAAAUAGAGGCAGCUCCUGUGAAAGGGGGAAAUACGGAUACAACAGCAAGAGGGGUGAAUGCUGUAGAACCCAAUACUAUUUAUAUUCAACCAAAGGAAGAAGAGCAAGAACAAACAGUAACAGCCAAAGAUUCGGCUAUUGAUUUACGUGCUACAGCUUUAGAACAAGAUAAAAGUGCAUUUACAGAAGAGGAAGAUACCCCUAUGAAAGAACCCAUUUCUUCUUCUUUUCCCCCUUCUCCUACUUUAACUCCUGUAGUAACGAUGACAACGACAACAGCAACAACAACAGCAACCAAAAAAAAGGUGUCUUCUUGGUCACCACGUCGCAUCUUUAGCAGUGCUAAAAAUAAAGAUCCAUCGGGUAAACAACAGGACAAGUUUCAUCUUUCUUCCUUGUUUUCUAGAGGCUCUCCCAAGACCAAGAAUCAUAGCAAUCCUGCUAAAUCCGUUUUGCUCCAUCCUGAACAACAAUUGCAACAACAAGAAGAGAAGGGUGAAUUCCAGUUAAAGAGUCAUUUUAAUUAUACCAGGUUACCUAUUCAUACCGAAAGAGCCAUCUAUCGUCUUUCACAUAUGAAAUUAACCAAUCCAAGACGUCCGUUGUGUGAUCAAGUGACGAUAUCCAACCUGAUGUUUUGGUAUCUUUCCAUCAUCAGUCAACAAAAUCAUGAAACGACACCACCUUCACUCUCGAUUGAUUCUAUUGUAUUGACCAAAAAAGCAUGUCAUAUCCAAAUCCAUCAUUCUCGAAGACAGAGCAAGAAGCGUUCUUCAUCCAACAAGAGGAUAAGAAAUCAUCAAAUUGGCCCUGAUCAUAGUCCUGGUGGUGGUACAGGGAAUGCGAUGGAUGCACUUCAAAAGCAACGUCAUUUAUACAGAAAUACACAAUUAAGAACAAGUAAUUCUAGUUCAGAUGAUGAAGAAGAUGAUGAAGACUCGUUUUCUGAAGAAGAAGAGGAGGAGGAAGAUUUAUUUGCACACAGCAAAACAAGCCAUAAUAAAACAAAAAGAAGACAACAACAAAAAAAUAAUAAUAGUUGGUUAUCUACAUUUUCACCUAAACAACAUGCGGUUUCACGUCAAGAUGAAGAUGAUAUACCUUUAGCUAUGUAUCAAAAAGGAAAAGCUUAGAUUUUUCUCCCCCCCCUCUCUCUCUCUUUCUUUAUCUUUACUCCUACACACAUUUUUAUACACAUCCCCCCCCCUUUGUUUUAGACACAUAAUCAUCAUAAUAAAGAUAUAUACACACGCACACACACACACACAUAUUCAAAAAAAAAAGUCUAUUCUAU